UCAUGCUGUGUGUGUACCAGUACUACCUGCAUCCACUGAGUGCAUUUUGUAUAUUUAUGAAAAAGUCAUCGUAAUAACGAAAAUCUGAAAUCACAAAGCCUUAAGACGACCCACUGACCAAGUUUUUGUAGUGUAACUAUAUAAGUAAAUUUUUUUUCAAGUGGCAAAAACUAAUUUCUGUCUCAGUAUUAUCGAGAAGAAGCCAACUUGACAUGUCGAACAAGAAAUAUGGUCUCAUAUUAUCUGAUAAAGGAAAACCAAAGCCAACAUUCCAGGCGUCAAGAAAUGUUUUUGGAAAUGAUUCUGAUUCUGAAGAAGAUUCAAAAAGAAAACCAACUUUGCUUCGACCCAGCGAUAUUACAACAAGACAGGCAAAAAUUACUCAGGAAAAAGCUUUAACUGAAGAUCCAACAGUUUACCAGUAUGAUGAGAUAUAUGAUGAAAUGGUCACCAAAAAAGAUAAAGAAAAGGUGAAGACUAAAGAAGAAAAGAAGCCACAGUAUAUAGAAAAUUUAAUGAAAGCAGCCAAUAAACGAAAAAUUGAGAAUGAACGUCGGAUUGAACGCCAAGUACAAAAGGAAAGAGAAAAGGAAGGUGAUGAGUUCCAAGACAAAGAAGUAUUUGUAACAUCAGCUUACAAAAAGAAAUUAGAGGAAAUGCGAUUAGAAGAGGAAAAAGAAAAACGUGAAGAGUAUUUGGAAAACAUCGGGGAUGUUACGAAGCAAAAUGAUCUAGGUGGUUUCUAUCGUCACCUCUAUGAGCAGAAACUGGGGAAGAAUGUUAAUAAGGAAGAAAAUGGUGAAUCAAACAAAGGAGUAGAAGAUGGAAAGAGUGAUUUAUCCAAAAGUAAUGCAUCUAAUUCAACAGAUACACAAAAGAAGAGAAAUUACAGGAAAAGAAAGUCAUCAGAUAGAACACGACUAUCUGAAGGAGAAAUAGAGGACUCUGAUGAAGAAAUAAAUCGCGUAAAUCUGGACGAUAUUAGAUUGGCAAAAAAAUAUAAACAAGACAAUAUUGACGCUGACUCAGACUUUUCUAUUGAUGAGUCGAGUGAUGAAGAUAAAGAUAAAAAUAAUGAUGAAACCGAAAAACCUUUAAAUACUAAGAAUAAAGAUACAGAUGCGGGUAAUCCGUUGGAAAAAGACAGUAUUUCCAAAAAUAAUAAAACGAAAUCAAAAGAAAAUAAAGUUGAUGACAAUAAACCUAAGGAAAAAAUUGAUAUUUGGAAAAAGAGAACUAUAGGACCAGUUUAUGAAGAAGCUCUUAAAAGAUAUUACGAGAGAAAGGCAGCCAGGGGAUGUUAGCAAAUAAAAAGCAGGUACUGGAUGGGCAGAUAAUAUUUAAUUAUACCACAACAUAGUGCGCCUUGCAGUGAACUGGAAAAUAAAACGUUAAUUAAAAAUAAAUAAAUGAACUUAAAGUUGAA